AUGGCUCCUGUUUCGUAUAUCACGCUCGUCGUAUCGGCGCUCACCCUUCUUCUCCCGCGUAAGGGUGCAGAUGCCUUUGUGCAUCCUCGUCCGGCUCUGCCUCGGAGUCGACAGCAGCAGCAGUCGAUAAUGGUCAUGAGCGCGACUAGGAGGGCUUUCUUGAGUGAUCAGCUGGUUGGGGCAAUCGGGGCGGGAGUAUUAGGGCUGGGAUUGGCGACGGAGCGAGCGACAGCGUACGAGAAAGAGUAUCUGAAAGAGCCUACGGCGGAGUUCAAGGCGAUGGAGGCUCGGCAAGCUGAUUUUUCUGCUGCUCAACGGGCAUACAAGCAAGAGUUCGUAAAAAAACUGGACGCGUUCCUCGCUGUUGAGACAGACGAAGAAGCGGUUUCGACCUUGAACGCAAUGUCAAACACGGUCAUCCAACGUGGUGGGUUGCCGGAAAGCGUUCGCAUCAACGAUCUGUUGAAGACAUGCAGGAGGAAAAAGGCGGCGAUGAAAGACAGUGGCAAGUGGUCCACGCCAGUUCAAAUCGCAUACGAGACCCUUGUUCAAACGACAAACCGAACGGUUGUCCCUCUGCAGAGUGGGAGCUAAUCAUACGGCCAUCCCUGUGAAGAGGGAGUUAAGAAGUGAAGAUACGUAGCAGUUAGGUAGCUUGGCCUGUUACGAAGAGCAGUACGCUGCCAAGCGGGAGGGGGGAGGGUGGGGAAGCCAUUGGUUGUGUUCGGCACGAGAGAAGUGGUUCUUUUCCCAAAAAAGCAGGCUCCGUGCAUUUUUGCGUCGAGUAAAUAAGAAAAUAUAGACAAGUUAAAGUUUUUGAGAUUGCCGUUGUUUUCGUGAGGCAAGCACCACGAAUGUGUCACUCUUGAAAAAGAAGCCUGCAGUCACCAGGCGUGCCCCAGCUAGAGCGCCUCGAUCGAGACAGCUUGAAUUCUCGAAUGAAGAACGACGGGGUUCGUUACACUAGACUGAGGAUUUUGGUGCGGGUGAACGGGACGCCCGAACGAGAAAACGCGUUAUGAUUCGAGGUGGAACGAGCUGUACUCGUUUGUUUUUGCAUGUGUCAGGGGUGACAGGGCAUGCCAUAUUUGCCGGGCAGAUACUGGUUCAAAAGAUCAGGAAUGUACACGAUAGCCCUAGGUGACAAGUACCGGGUAGAUCCGUGUGCGCACCUAGUGUAGUUUGUGAAACACUAAACGAUUAGUUGGAACGUCGUCUCUCUCUAAAACAAAACCCUACAUCGCUCGAAAAAAAAUUCCUUCCCUCGGAAAAGAGUGGAUUUGAUCCUUCACGCGGUUCACGCGGCCACGACUUCCUCUUCGGCCGGUUCUUUGUCAACCCAGCGACCGUUCGCCUUGAUGAGAUCAAUCAGGGCGUCGCAGGCCUCCUCGUUGGGGAUUCCUUUUUGCACCAUCUCCUUGCCCACGUAAAGAUCCACCUUUCCAGGUGCCCCACCCACGUAUCCGAAAUCGGCAUCUGCCAUCUCUCCCACGCCGUUUACGAUGCAACCCAUGAUGGCAAUGGCAACCCCCGGCAAGUGCCCGGUCUUUUCAGCUAUCUGCGCUGUCACCUCUUGAAGAUCGAAGAGGGUUCGUCCGCAGCUCGGGCAAGACACGUACUCCGUUUUCGUGUUGCGCAUGCGGCAUCC